CAGAUCAACACGAGCAGGAGACUUCUGCACACACCACUUGAAUGAUGAAGACCACACUGGCAUCUCUGACCCUCUGCCUGGCGCUGCUCACCGCAACAGGUUUCCGCUUCGACAGGAAAGGGGGGUCCAGCUCCGGGAGCACCAAGGAGAAGCGGGUGCAGUACGCAGCUUGGGAUGAUGUCAAUGUCAUCGCCCAUGGGCUGCUGCAGCUGGGCCAGGGCUUGAAGGAGCAUGUGGACAAGACCAAAGUCCAGAUGAGGGACAUCGCCAGCAAGAUGAAGGUUUUCAACCACACCGUGGCGGAGCUGGGGAAGGAGAGCCAGAGGUUGAGGGCAGAGGGGGAGGCCCUAAAGGCUCACAGCCUGGGUCUGGAGGACAGAGAGGGACAGCUCCUCAACGUCACCGCCGAGCUGCGGGAGAAGGCUGAGGAGAUGCAGCAGGAUCGGAGGACCGUGAGCGAGAGGAUGAGCCAGCUGGAGGAGAGGCUGGACAGCAUGCUGCAGGGGAGCGCGGCGAUGAAAGAGCUGACCGCCGGGAAGAGCGUCAACGACUCCCACAACAUCCAGUUCUUGCUGGAGGCGCAGAACAGACGCAUCGACGACCUGAUGGGCAGAAUCCGACUCCAGCAGGAGAAGCUGGACAAGCAGAACGUGCGCAUCAGAGCCCUGCAGACUCAGAUCCAGCAGACCCGAGCGGGUUCCGCCCAGCGGGGAGCAACCUCGGACGGGUUCGUGCCGAGUGGCGAAGCAGAGCAGCACGACUCUCCUCUCGAUCUGGCCUCCGACUGCCACGAGCUGUUCCUGAGAGGAGAGAGCAACAGCGGCGUGUACACCAUCCAGCCGGGCGACUCGGAGCCCUUCCAGGUCUUCUGUGAGAUGACUGCAGAUGGCGGGUGGACCGUGAUCCAAAGGCGUCAGGACGGCUCGGUCGAUUUCGACCAGCUGUGGCAGCAGUACGAGAAAGGCUUUGGCAACCUGAACGGUGAGUUCUGGUUGGGCCUAGAGAAGAUGCACUCCAUCGCCAAGGACGGAGGCUUCAUUCUGCAGGUCAAGCUUUCCGACUGGGCCAGCGACUUGGCGUCUGUCACCCUCCCCUUCCAGCUGGGCGGACAAGAAACCAAGUACUCGCUGCGGAUUCAGAACACGGGCAUCUUCAGCACUCUGCAGAGCUCGCUCGGCGCCGACGCCGCCGACGGCCUGCCGUUCUCCACCCGCGACCACGACAAUGAUCGCAAAGCAGACAGCAACUGCGCCAAGCAUCUGUCUGGUGGAUGGUGGUUCAGUAACUGCGGGCACGCCAACUUAAACGGAAGAUACUUCGUGAGUCCUCCACCGAAGCAGCGCCACCAGAGGAAACAAGGCAUCUUCUGGAAGACCUGGAGGGGGCGCUACUAUCCUCUCAAGUCCAGCCAGAUGAUGAUCGCCCCUGCUGCCAUCCAAAGAACGCCCUGAAGAGCAGCAGGAGAGAGACUGAAGAAAGACUCUUCCAGCUUUCUGUGGUUGUGGUCGAAGCUUCCGCAGAAACUUUGUAAACAACCAUGGCCCUGAAGCCAAACAGAGCUGAGGCUUCCACGGAGACAGGCAAACCCAAUCAUUCUCUGAUGCCCCUGAGGCCUCCAGCAGCGCAGGGCAAGUCCGGGCUGGUCGGCCAGCCAGAGAGCCAGAAAGAAUUCGCAGCAGGUUAAGACUCAUCAGCGUCUCCACUGAUGCCAGUACCAGAGCUAGCAAGGCUCCAGGAGCUAAUCGCUGUGGCUGGUUAGCCGUUCAAACGCGACGGAGAUGAAUGAAACAAAAAGUCAUAAAUGGGAUUAGUGUGCAAAAGCGUUACGUAAAGUUAGAAAUCACUGUAAACUGGGAUUACCUUGCAGAAACCGCGUUAAGGCGCUUCCCACCAAAACCAUUCCAACUGUAAAUCUUUCGCCGGGGAUUGCGAUACUCUCGAGUCAUAUUGACUUGCGUCCAAACGUAUGACACCAUUUUGUACAGAGUAGACUUCCAGCUUUCAUAGCUUGUGUUGUGACGUCGUCUGAUUCAUUGUGACUGUAGAUCUUUUUUUAUUUUUAUUUAAAUGCUGUAAAGAAAAAUCAAGAUAUAUAUAUAUAUAUUAUGAGUUUAUAUUUCUGGUGCUGCCUAUUUGUAAUUUAUGAUGUUGUUGGAUGUGUUUUUUUUUUAAGAGAAGGUUGUU